AUGUUGGUGGACACAAACGGGCAGUCGUCGCUGCGGUUGACGUCCAACAGUGUCGACAGCUCUCUAUCUCAGCGUUCUCUUGACGUGCAUCGGUGGGGGCAGGUCAUUCCUUUUCUGUUAGACUUGACAAGCAUCGUUGCAGACAGCUAUGCCCGCAUUCGCCAUGUCUCUUUCCAUGUCCCUUUUCCAUCGUUCACCUAUUUUCAUCAUUCUCGUUGUUUCUCUUUUCAUCCUCUCAGAUACGUUCACUUCACUUUCUGCGUCACUUUUACACCACUCCUCUAUUUCUCCUCUGUCAUUGUUUUGUCUUUCAUCUUCUCUUUGCUCUCUUUCUCUUACACACACAUACACACACUCUCGCUUUCAAUUCGAUUCCCUUUAUCACUUUUUCAUUCUUCUCUUAUUCCCCCCCUAAUUGAUUCUUAUUAUAAAGUAUCACUUUUCAUUUUCUCCCUCUCUCUCUCUCAAACACGAUAUUUUUUCCUUAUACAUCACUCCUUUUACUUUCCCCCUUUAUCAUUAAAAGCUCAUCCUUUUCUCCUGUUUAUCUAUCUAUCUAUCUAUCUAUCUAUCUAUCUAUCUAUCUAUCUAAUAUUAUAUACAGGUAAAAUCCGUGGUAAGUAA